CAUUCGAAGGUCACCGAAAUCGUCGAGCUCGCCCGUGUUACCGAUAAUUCCCGAAAGCCGUAACAGUCUCGCCCGGUACCUGGCCCCUAACGCAAAUACCCCAAAGGCUGUGUCAAAGAAUCGAAAGAGGUUACCAAAGAACCGCGCGAUUUUCUCGAACGAUCAACCCGGAAGCCGCGUUUAGAAGUCACGGCCCUAGUGACUCGCCGAGCGGCGCGGCGCGGUUGUUGUUGUUGUUUCCGCGAGGAUACGCGGGAAUAGGCAAAGAUCUAGCAGCCGGCGGCAACCGGGAAGGGGUUCGUUCGUAUAAAUGGGCACAUGUGACAAUUAAAACGACAGUCUGAAAUCGUUCUCCGCUUAAUCCGAACCCGGCCCCGGCCAACUCGUGAAACGAGCACGCGUGAAACUAAGGGAAAACGGAGGACUAAUCAGUUAAUCGGCAAGCGCGGACCGGCAGCCCGAGCGAACCGCCCCGCGAAAACCAGCGCACACAUAUGCGUUACAUCAGGAAGACCAGCAAGAUCAUCCAGCUGCAAUUUCGCACGUUUCUGCCGGCUUUUCGAUAGUCGAUCCACCAUAUCCCUCCGUUCCCCACGGUUUUCCCUGCUUUUCCUUUGAAAUAUUCAGGCGUUGGACGGUUGGACGACUGCUAUUGGCUGGCUGCCAUCUUGGAAUUGGACAGCUAGUGAAAGAUGCCGUCCCGUUUGUUCGUGUGGUUCCUGUUCUUGGCCGUCUCUUCAGCCGAGCAGCGACCAUCAAAUUAUGUGGACGAGAAAUGCAUGGAGGAUCAUCCUGUCCUCCUGCACUUCUUUUCUUGGGUGGACUAUGUGGUGCUAGCCGCCAUGCUCAUCAUAUCCUGUCUGAUCGGCACAUUCUACGGUUUCUUCUCGAAAAAGCAAGAAACCAGCCAGGACUUCCUGCUCGGUGGUUCGAGCAUGGGGACCUUCCCCAUGGCGAUGUCCCUAGCUGCGAGCUUCAUCACAGCCAUAGAACUUCUUGGGAACCCUGCGGAAAUGUACAUGCAGGGAACACAAUUCUGGAUGACCUGCGUGGCGUUCAUCCUGGUCGUUCCGAUUACCUCGUACCUGUACCUGCCGGUUUUUAUGAAGCUGCGAUUGACGUCUAGCUACGAGUAUCUGAAUCUUCGGUUUGAUCGGCAUUGCAGAUUGCUCGCGAGCGGAUUGUACAUGUUACAGAUGAUCCUCUAUACGUCCGUCGCGGUGUACGCGCCCGCGUUAGCUCUAAGUCACGUCACUGGUCUGAAUACUUACAUAGCAGUCACUCUAGUCUACGUAGUCUGUAUCUUCUACGCCUCGCAGGGUGGGAUGAAGGCCGUCAUAAUGACGGACACUUUUCAAGCAGCAGUGUUGCUAGGCUCUUUGUUCCUGAUCGCUGGCUACGGAUUGUCCUGGGAGGGUGGUUUUGCCAAGGUUUGGGACGUGAGCCAGGCGUCAGGCCGAAUGGAGUUCUUCAACAUGGAUCCCAAGCCCACUGUCAGACACAGUUUCUGGACUGUCGUCAUUGGUGGGACUAUUUAUUGGACAACCAUGUUUUGCAGCAAUCAAGCUUCCGUCCAAAAAUACCUCAGCGUGGAGACCAUUGGCCAAGCCAGAACGGCGUUAUGGGUGUCAGCCUUCGGCAUGAUCACCAUCUACACCGUGAACUUUUUGACUGGUAUGGUGCUCUACAGCACAUACAGAGACUGUGAUCCCCUGUUGGCUAGCCAAAUAACUGGCCAGGACCAACUGCUGCCUUUGUACGUGAUGAAUUUCAUGGGUGGCCUGAAGGGUGUACCUGGCUUCUUCGUCGCUGGAAUCUUCGCUGCUUCUUUGGGGACUGUAGCUAGCGCGUUGAACUCUCUCGCAGCGAUUACCUGCGAAGAUAUAAUCCAGGGAGUGUUCAAGAUAAAUCUGCCAGCUAGCAAAGGUGCGAUCUACGCCAGAUGGAUAAGCGUUAGCUUCGGUGCCCUUAGCUUCGUUUUGGUUUUCGUUGUAGAACGUCUUGGGAGCGUUCUUGAGGUCGCAUUAUCAUUCAACGGCAUGGUCGGAGGAAUUACCUUGGGAUUAUUCUCUCUGGGUAUGUUCGUGCCAUGGGCGAACGCUAAAGGGGCAAUCUCAGGAGCCAUCACUAGUCUGAUAAUUGUCCUGUGGAUCGGUCUUGGCGCUCAAAUUGCCGUUCUCAAUGGCAAGAUUCAGUUGGAUAACAAGCUCGUGUCGAUUGACGCUUGCCCCUGCAUCAUCAACUCCACGGCCAUUAUCGAGAGCCAUUCGAUUGACACCAACGACGACGUUUCUUCGAUAUACAAGAUCAGCUAUCUCUGGUACAGCGCAAUCGGUUGCCUACUGACGCUGCUGGUAGGCGUGGCGGUCAGCUACGUGACAGGCUUCCAGGACCCGGCAGAUCUCGAUCAAGAUCUCUUGAGCCCUGUGAUCGCCUCAGCGUUCCGUCUGCAGACCAAGCCACACGCUAACAACGUCCAAGGGAUCAUGAACUUCGGCCUGGAGCUCGACGACGAGAAGUCUCAAGUGGAGAACACCAAAACCCUGAAAUGAAGCGGCAGAGGCUGAAGAAAGACGAUUUAUCACAGUAUUUCUCGAGAGGGACCGAGAAUUUUUCUUCGUUCCGCGUUUUAAUUAAUUUAGAAAAGAGUCAGUUCUUCCUCGAUGAUUCUAUCGUUUAAAAUUGUCCACGUGGUCAGACCGCACGGACGCAUCUUCGAUGAAGACUCACGCGUUUGUAGAACCUGCUGCUAGGUCUUCGAUGAACAUUUAGCGUAUUCUUAACGGCGGACUUGGAUCGUUGCGAUUCUGACACCGGCAGGUAUACUCGAUGCGAUUUCUUUCACAAGGGUUUCGUCCACUUGUUGCGGAAGAAUUUUGGACUUCGGUUUCUGCAGUGCGAUUGUGCUUGUUCGUUUUUCCGAUCUUUUAACACUGGAACUACUGACUGGGUCGAGUAACGGUGAAUUGAAUGUUGUGCUUGUUUUUUAGUCGAUGAAAUUUUAACAGAGGUUUCGUGGAAAAUUAUCGUUAAAUUCUUUCGGCGACGUUUGUAUGAUACUAGUUAGUUAAGAGCUCGAUAAAUAUAUUUGUGUGAUGUUUAUGGAAGAUUGAAGGUGUAUUAGCUCGACUGAUCGGUAUUUCUAGUGUUAACGAGAUAAUCGUUGAUUAACUUGAGUUUUUCAGUGGCUACAGGCGAUUCAUUCUGAUUUUUUGAUCAGACGUUUGUUGGAUAUACGAGAAAUGGAGAAUUUCAAUUGGAAAUCUGAGAAACAGGGAAUUUAACACAAUUUUAAUUGAAACUGUUUCAAUCUAAAUUAAAUUAGCUUGCUUCACUUUUAAAUUGACUGUUGUUGAUUUGGUAAUUACGUUAGAAAGCACUAGUGAAUGCUCUGAAUACCAUUAAAUUUGCUUCAAAUUCAAAUUUACCCUUAACUUCGCUACACUUUCAAAUUUACUUAUCUUGAUUCAAUAAUUGGAUCAUAUAGCACCAAUGAAUGUCCUAAAUAUGUUUAAUUCAAAACCCUGAAACUUGCUUCACUUUCAGAUUUACUUCGCUUAAUUUAAUAAUUGCACCGCAGAGACCCAAUGAACGUUCCAAAAAUUUGAUUCAAAAUUCACCCCUAAAUUCGCUUCAUAAAAUGCUCCAAAUAAACAGCCGUAAAAAUUGGCGAAGAGUCGAUCAAAAAUGAAAGAAACGAGUUACCGAUUUUAUUAAACUUACCAAUGUCAAAGAUCUUAUUCUUAACGCAACAAGACUGGUCCCUGAAAGACUCAACUUAAUCGAAUAAGAAUAUUAAGACUCCGCAAGCCCUCGAAAGACUUCAUCGCUGAGGAACGAAGCCUCAGCUUCUGAAUGAAUGAACCAAAAAGAAGUUCCUUACUCAAGGACAGGCUAAUUUAGAGGCGAUCACUGACAGAGACGAGUCUAGGGAACUCAGAGCAAGACUCUGUAGAUUUUAUGGAUACUCCGAGAGGACUCCUUGCCAGGAGGCGACUCGCAGUAGCAUAGGGUAAUUUAUUUAUGGCACCAUUUGUUACCGUACUUACUUUAGGUUCUACCGUUAGCUUCGCCAAAAACAAUCAACGUCAAAAUCACAAACAAAUGUUUUAACGCAUCCCUUACCGUAAACUCUCCGUCGAAAAGCGAAAAGGAUCAAUGUAUCGUUCGAACUAUCAUUUACACCCCGAAAGAACGUGACAAUCCCCUUCGUUUUAAGCGUCUUUUAGAAUCCGUAGAAUCUCCCUUUUUUUUACUUUAAUUUAUGUUUUUAAAAGUUGAAGCGAAAGCAGAAUCUUUUGGAUGCCCGUUGAAGGUUAAUUGCUUCCGGCGGUCGCCGCGUUAAACGCGCGAUCGCUCGAUUCAUUUUCACUGCGGACGUGUACUUCGUUGUCUUUUGCCUAAUUUAUGCGGUGGUCUGCGGGACCGCCACGAUUGUUUUACCGUUCACCAGUACUUAGUUGUAAGGUAUGUGUAGUCCUUCUCUGACGAGACGGCGUGCUACCCGCAAGCGGUUAGGACCGAGCGGUAAGACUACUCUUCCAUUCAGAAUGUUCGGGUCGACUCAGUCUUCAACUCAUGAUUAUUAUCGGCGCGCGACAAUGGCAAAAGACGGAGUGAGAUGUAACGAUAAUGAACGAAGUUGACGGCACUAUGGGCUUUGAUCUCUAUCGUUACAUCUCGCUCAAUUGCAUUUAAUCCCGCUUCUGUCCUUUGUUACUGCUACGCGGCCAAUCUCGAGCCACGCGUCGAAGAGGCGGCCCGAACAUUGUAAGUGGAAGAGUCGUCUUACCGCUCGGUCCUGAUCGCUUGAUGGUAGCAUGCUAUUUUGUCAGAGCGGGAUACUUCGUUUCUAGAGAACGUAUUUGUAUAUAAAGAGAAAAUAUAUGAGACCAAUCGCUCUACUGGAUUUUAUGUGUUUCUUUUUUCAUUCAUUCUGUUCUUUGUUUCUUCUUCUUGCUGUGGAAGAAUUGGCAUUUAACAUAUUGCACGCCGCACGAUUUCAUAGAGCAGAAUACACAAAAUGGAAAAAACAUAAUAUCAGAACAUUUGAUUGAAUUGAAUUAUUAUUACUGCGCGUUCAUGUAGCUGAAUGCACCGUAUUAGGUGGCA